AACGCGGACGAGACACUUGUCCCGUUCCGCAUACCUGUAUAUAAAAGGUGGGAGGAUUGGGGAGAUAAAUAGCCUAGUUCUGCUAAUCAUCCAUUCUCCAUCUUUCUAGUCGCCAUCUCCGUUGACAGCACUGAAAGUACUUAUAUCAGAACACUCAUCUGCAGCAUUCCCUCGCUUGUCUUGGACUUCUAGCCUCCAGCUUCGACAUCCUAUCCACAAUGCCUUUUAUACUGGAAGUUCCUAAGGAGUACGGCUACAUCCUAGCCGUCGCGACCGCCAGCGUCUUCGUGAACACGGCCCACAAGAUCAUGACGUCCAUGACGCGCAAUGCAAGCGGGGUGCCUUACCCGAAUACAUAUGCGACAAAGGAGGAGAUCGAGAAGAAUCCUAAGGCGCUCAAGUUCAAUCUCGCGCAGCGCGCCCACGCAAAUUUCAUCGAGAACCACAGCUCUUUCAUCACGGCCCUGCUUAUCGCUGGAGUGGGCUACCCUAGCCAGGCUACUUGGGCCGGCAGUACGUGGGUGUUCGGACGUGUCUUGUACGCCAUCGGAUACAUAAACUUUGGGCCUCCGGGCCGUGGGCCCGGCUAUCUCAUCUCCCAGCUGGGGAAGAUGGCGCUCACGACUAUGGCCGUCCUGACGUGCUGGAAUAUGCUAUAAGCUAUGCAGGA